UCAAUGCUGCUUUUUCCAGUUUACUUUUCUUUUCUUGUUCUACACGUCUUUGGUACUCUAUGUAUUCUGAACACGUCGCUACUGCUGGAGUUAUUUUUCUCUUGACCGUUUUUUUAUUUUGGCUAGUAGAGGCAGUUUCUGGCCAAUAGAAUGCAUUUUUAAACGGUGUAGAAAAUUCUGACUUAGAAUCAUUUUGUGUCCUAAUUGUUUGUUGAUAGGACUGAACUGCUAUAGUUUCACUUUUUUCUGGUGUGAAAUGUCUUUCGCUUGUAAUAUUUUCAGGUAUUACUCCUUCUUCCAUGUCGCAGUUAUUCUUACUAAGUGUGGUUUUAGUUUUUUCUGGUGUGAAAUGUCUUUCACUUGUAAUAUUUUCAGGUAUGACUCCUUCCUCCAUGUCGCAGUUAUUCUUACUAAGUGUGGUUUUAGUUUUUUCUGGUGUGAAAUGUCUUUCGCUUGUAAUAUUUUCAGGUAUUACUCCUUCUUCUAUGUCGCAGUUAUUCUUACUAAGUGUGGUUUUAGUUUUUUCUGGUGUGAAAUGUCUUUCGCUGGUAAUAUUUUCAGGUAUUAUUCCUUCUUCCAUGUCGCAGUUAUUCUUACUAAGUGUAAUUUCAGUUUUUUGUGGUGUUGAAUGGGUACGUCUUGUAAGAUCUUCAGGUAUUAGUAGGUUAUCAGAUAGUGUCACCGAUUGUUGUUGUGAGUCUGGUGUUGAAUCAAUAUUUGUUGUUAAAUUAUUAACCUGGGAAGAAUAUUCAAAAAAGCCAUCCUUUUGUACGUCAAACUGUAUAAAAUUCUCAUCGUUGACGGCAGACCAAUCCACAUUAAUGUCAGACAGGUUAUCCACAAAGUUUGCUUCCAGCGUUGAGUUGCCCAAAUCAAAAUUAUUAUCGUUUGUAUUUUCACUUGUCGUUACACUGCUGUUGACUGUUUUCCAAAAAAGAUACAAAUUUGUAUCCUUUACAUCUCCUAUCCAAUCCCCAUUGCAUUUUUUAAAUUCACGUAUUUUCUCACUACCUGCCCACUCCUCUAAGUAUUUGACUAUUUGGUGCGAAUUCUCGGUGGUUGAAGUUCCUGGGGAGGAUUGUAUCGGGAAGUUGAUAGAUGGAGUGUUGACAUUAGUAGUGCUAUUAGAACUCGAAGAUUUUAUGAGCUUGCUAUAAUUUACGGCAUCCGGAUUGAAAGGAAAUAAUCCACAAGCACGAAAUCCAUGUUGUAUAGUUUCAGGUUUUAAAGAAACUAAAAUGCAGUCUUCUAACAAUGGACCAAAUUCGCAACGUUUUAAACGUCGACCAUUAUUUUGCAUUCGCCAGUCAUGGACUUUUUUCCUCCACGCAUUUUUGAGGCUGUGAAAAACUGCCACAUCCAUGGGUUGCAAUAUAUGUGUAGAGUUAGGCAACAAGGCAAUCAAAACAAUGUCAUUGUCUCUACAAAAUUCACUUAGAGGUAGCGACAGGUGGGAAGAGUGUCCAUCCAUGAAUAGUAUAACUGGUCUUUUAAUAUUUUGUUUCAAUAAGUAUGGAUAAAAAACAUUUGUGACGUAUUCAUAGAAUGUUUGGCACGUCAUCCAGCCACUAUCCGAUCUACCUAGUGCCCAUGUGGAGGGAUAUUUUGAUAAUAUAUUUUGUGGAAUCCUCUUGUACGGAAACAAAACGAAAAUGGGCAUUAAUUUACCAUCAGCAGAAGAGCCCAGGGAAAGAGUCAAACAUUCCUUUUCAUCAUUUCCAGACAUGGAAUACACGGUCCGAGUACCUUUUCGUACUAAAACACCUUGACCUUUGGGACAUAGAAAAAAUGCUGACUCAUCGCAGUUAAAAAUUCUGGAAGGGUCUUCGAGAAUUUCGACCAAAUUAUUAUCUUCCAAGUAACUGUAAAUUUUUUGAAACCAAGCUCUGAUCUUCUCUUCAUUGGCACCAACCCUCGCUGUGGUAAGGGUUUGAGAGACUCUUUUAGUAAUAGUUGAAUUCCUUUUUAAAAAUCCCUCAUACCAAUGUCUGCCUGGUAAACCAUUUUUAAAUUUGUGUGGACGAUUUAGCUCUUUGACCAGUUUUGAGACUGAAUAUAAUAACUGAUCUUUAUUAACCGGAAAGCCAAUGUCUGCUAAAUGAUGUACCCAUUUUACUAUAAGAUUUUCUUCAGUUGUUGUUAGAAUAGUUGGGGCUCCAGCAAAUGAUUGUUUUGUGUAUUUUCUGUGUAUCUUAUCUAAUAAUGUCUGUUUAGGUAUAUUGUAUAAUUUCGAAGCUUUAUACGCAGACAUUGUUUUACUUUGGAUAGAUUCCAGGGCUUCGUUUAAUAAUUCCGGGGUGUACCUUUUUGAUGGCAUUUUAUCUGAAAAAAAUUACAUAUAUAAGACUCAAGUAGGUAUAGUAAGAAUAUAAUCAUACAUACUGCUUGAUAUAGUUUAGCUGCGUAUAAAUGUAAUAAUGGACAAAAGCUACAUUGCCAUUUCAAAUUAUGGUCUAAAGGACGUUUUUAUGGUCAUUUAAUAUUCUGUGAACCUAUAACCGUGCUAUUUAAAUUAAAUGUAUUUAUCUAAUUUAAUACAGUCCCAGUUAAUUUAAAAUAAAACCAAUGAAAUCAGUAAUGUGUUUUGAAAUGCCGUUUAAAAAAAAACUAACAAAAUUGAUUAAGUACGUUUCUUAAUUAAACCAAAACAAAUACUCAUAAAAAGAUUACUAUACAGCAUAACUCUAUUAAGGAAUAGUUGGACAAAUACCAUUAUAAAAUUCAAAUAACAACAAACAGACUGGUCAAAUACUGGCACGUAAAUAUCUCAAUCGAACCGUUACAGGUUUUAGUAGCACUAAAAAGUAAUAAUCUUACCCGUUGAAGUGAUUAUGAAUAAAAAAAUAAUAAUAAUAUUUAACCCUUCCCAUCCGUAAUUCCGUCCAUAAGACGGAAUAAUGUACAUGAGAUAUAAAAUGCGAACAUAAUUGCGUGCGUCAUUAAAAAGACAUUUUUUCAAGAAAAUAUUAAUUACACGUAACGAAAUUAAAAGUAAUAAUAUCAGUAAGAAGUAAGGCCCAGAAAUAAUUACUAUUUCCUCAAAUAAACAAAUAAAAAUGCCCACUGAAAAAUCGAAUUCAUGGUAUGACUUCGGUUAAUUUUUGAGAUAUAACACAGUUUAGAAUUCAAAUAAUAAGAAGGUGGUUGACAGAAUAUUAGUACGUAAUUAUCUCAAGCAAACUUUUAGGUUUCAAUGUUCCACUAUAAACAAAAUGUUGACCAAUUCGGUUAAUAAAUCGUUACAAACAAGUAAUAACAGUUGAACCUUUUAUUCCUUAAUUCCGUCCGUAGAACGGAAUAGCGUACAUGACAUACAGAAUGAGAACAUAAUUGCGUGCGUCAUUAAAAUGUAAUUUUUUAAUAAAAUAUUAAAAAUUAUCUUACGAAAGAAUUAAAACGAAAUAAAUAAAUGCAUAUUGGUUAUUGGAAAUAUAGAUAUUUCUUAUAAAAUCUUACCAACUUCUAUUGAGAACUCUAUGAUGAUUGGGAUCACUCGUUAAACAAAAACAAUAACACGUGGUGCUUAUUCAACGAUUCUGUGCAUACUGGGUAUUCAUGACAAGUGAAGGUGCCAGCAGCCGCAUGAAAAAUGGCGGGAAUUUUAAUUACUGCUUUCAAAAGCAUCAUAGAUUUGAAUAUAGUGUGUGAGUAUUCCGCCUUUUCAAAAUAUAUCUUAUUUUACGACUUUAAAUGUAAUGGACCGCAAUUGUGUACUAGGCCGUAAUAUCGUGCAGUUACAUUAGUAAC